UUUUCUGCUCCCAUUCCGAGAGCUGAACUUGCGUGAGGGAGAAAACCAGAGUCUUUUUGACCUGCUUUGUGCCUUUUACUCAGAGUUCAAAGAGGCAAGAUCAAUCUCUGACUGGAUCUGUGAUAGAAAAGUUCUGUUCAUCUUAGAUGGUUUGGAUGAAUAUAAAAAUGAACUGCGCUUUCAAACCAACAUUUUGUCAGAUGUUACUAAAAAAGCCACACUGGAAGUCCUCCUAGCAAACCUUCUAAGAGGAAAACUGCUUCCAUCCGCACACCUGUGGAUCACCAGCCGGCCUGUGGCAGCUGAACAGCUUCCAUCUGAGAUCUUCAGACAGGGAUAUGUCACGCAGAUCAGAGGAUUCACAGAUGAACAAAAGGAGGAGUACUUCACGAGGCAGUUUGAGGAUCCAGAUCUAACCCAAAAAGUCAUCCGUCACCUAAAGUCUCAUAAGAGCCUAUGGAUAUUGUGCCACAUACCUCUAUUUUGUUGGAUUUCAUCGGUUGUUCUGAAAACCUUCAUUAAAAGUCCAAAUAAAGACAGGGACAUGCCCUCAAAUCAGACAGAAAUGUAUAUCCACUAUCUGCUCAUUCAGACUGGGUUAAGCCACAACAAAUAUCAAGGGAAAAAUGUGUCACCAGAAAAUGCUCUCAUACAGUACAAAGAACUGAUUAAGAAACUGGCAGCGUUGGCAUACUGGAAGCUGAAGGAACAGAAUGCCAUCUUCAGUAAAGAAGACUUGAGGAAAUAUUAUAUCACUCCUGAUGAAGCUCUUCGAUAUCCUGGCAUCAUUACCUGUGUCUCUGAGUGCAAAUUUGGAUAUAACAGAACUAAAUUUUUCAGCUUUGUCCAUCUCAGUGUCCAGGAAUUCUUUGCAGCCUUGUUUGUUUUUCAUGAAUUUCUAUCAGGAAACCAAGACUCCCUGGUAUUAAUUCAAGCGAAAAGGGGGCAAAAGUCUAAUUUGUCUGAUUUUCUCAAAAGCGUGAUUGAUGUGACUGUGCUAAGCAAAAAUGAACACUUGGAUCUUUUUAACUGUUUCCUCUUCGGAAUUUCUUGUGAUUCCAGCAGACGUAUACUCGAAGGAUUCCUGCCUCGAUUGGAAGACAGUAGUUUAGAAGAUCACAAAAAAGUGACCAAGUACAUUAAGUCUUUGAGGAGGAAAGAUCUGUCCCCUGAGAGAUGUUUUAGUCUUGUUCGUUGCAUCGUGGAGCUCAAGGACAGGUCUUUUUUGCAGAUGCCAGAUCUCGAGCGCUCUCGAACCAAAAAACCCCUCACACUGUUCCAGUGCACGCUUCUGGCUUUCCGGUUUGUGAUGUCAGAUACAGACCAUGAUGAGUUUGUCCUCAGGAAAUUCAACAUCACUUUAGAAGGAUUUCAGAGAUUCUCUCCAGCCAUCAAAUGCUUCAGAAAGGCUAUGCUCGAAGGAGGCGGCUUUACAGAGAAACACUGUGAUAUCCUGGUGCCUUUUCUGACCUCACCAAACUCUCACCUGACUCAUCUUGAUCUGAGAACUUUCUAG